CAGAUGAGAGAGGCGUUGCCCCCUGGUUGCCCCACGGAGGGGAGUGUGCGGAGCAGUCGAGCGAGGUGGGAAGGAAGUGGCCCCAACCUGAUUGAUGACGAUCACGGAAAAAGAAGGCGGAUACCGAGUGGGUUUGACGCGGAUCGAAGAUCCAAUUGUUAAUUGAGUUGUACCAGUGCAUCAAAUAGAACGAACAUGGGACGAGUUCCUGCGUUUAAGCUCUGCGCUUCACUGAUGAAAUCAGACACUCGAACGUAGUGCUACCGGGAGUGCCGAACGUUUUCGCGGUCUCAGGUAUCGCAGCUGUGAAGCCAUGGCAACAGACACUAGUGACAUCGCCAAGCAAGGCUACGUUCGAGUUCGCAGUCGUAACAUCGGCGUGUGGCAGCGGCGGUGGCUUGUGCUGCGCAAGGCAACUGGGACAACGGCAUGUCGUCUAGAGAAGUACCUAGAGGAAAAGCAUGCCCGUACCCACACUGGACAGAAAGUAGUACUCCUCACACCAGCCACCAGCAUCACCCGACUGCCAUCAAGUGUUCGGAAGCAUGCCUUCUCUAUCUGCUUUCAAGAUGGAUCAGUCAAAUCAGUGGCAUGCGAUUCUGAUCUGGAGGCAGACACAUGGGUGAAGUUGAUGGUUCAGGAAUGCCUUGAACCACAGUCUGGGCUCUCGGCUGGGGAACCAGAUAUAUUAAGUCCAGGGAUUCAGAAAGAGCUCCAAGAACAAUUUCAUGUCUAUUUGGUGCCAAGCCCAAAAUUGGAUGUCUUCGGCGAGUGUCUGCUACAGGUCACUCAUGAGCACAUAUACCUUUGGGAUCUGCUGAGCCCUCGAACCAAGCUGGCUGCUUGGCCCCUGACUGCUCUGCGACGCUAUGGCAGUGACCCAGCCAAGUUCACUUUUGAAGCUGGCAGGCACUGUGCCACUGGGGAAGGCAUGUUUGUGUUUCACACCCUCGAGGGAGAGAAGAUCUACUGCAAAGUUCACCAAGCAACCCUUGCCAUUGCUGAGGCGCAUCAUCGUUCCAGACGGCUGCAUGCAGUACCUUCAGCUCCGCCUCAGAGUCUGAUCCCGUCCACUGGCCCAACAUCAUCUGUGCCCUAUCGUAACUCCACCAGCCCCCUGCAGCAAUUCAGUUCAUCUGAGAACCUCCCAGGUAGUCAGGAGCGGACCAAUCAUACAGUAAUGCCCUUGCGGGAUGUGCCUACUACGUCGCAGUCUUUUGACAACAUCUUAAAUCCCCCUCGAGUUUCCAGUACUAUUGGAGGGACCUCGCGUUGCAGUCUGCGAUCCCAUCUUCUCCAGUUUCAAGCACGCUGAUUAUCCUCGCAAAUGUGAGAGACUGUGUAUGUGUGGGUGAAAUACUGUGUAUGUGUGGGUGAACUGCUGAACAGUUGAAGCUAUGAGCUUGUGGAUAGUGUUUUUUUAAGCACAAAGUAGUGGACUGCCUCCGUAGCAGCUUUGGACCUAUCUUCCUUUGGAAUGGAUGUAGAACACCCUUUACGACUCGCCGUGCAUGUGUAGAUGUUUGACCUUGUUUGGAUUUGUUUGUGCACUAAAUUGGACUUGUGCUUUACAAGAAUUUGUUGUUAUAUCUACUGAUGUUGCACUUUUUUUGUGACUUUUUGAGCAGUGUAGUACUUGGUAGAUGCCUCAUCUGCCACAAGUUGUGACACUGAAAUGUGUAUAUUUAAGAAACUGUGUUGUCCAUCUUUGAUCACAUCUUUACACAUUGUAGAUCUGGGCUGGUUGGUACAUGUUGCAAAUAUUAGUUUGCUGUAAGGCCAUUGCAAUUUUUUGCGUUGGAAAUAAGGGCGGCUAUAACAAUUUUGCUUGGAGAUAAACUUUCUUGCAUCAUUUAUUGUACUUGUACAUUGGAAGCUAAAGUUUGCCUGACGUGAGUGCUUUUACUAUCUAUGGCACGUCUCUGCACAGCCAUUUGUUGUUCUCUUAAAGGGGCCCUGCAACACAUUAUGAACACAGUCUGAAAAUACUGCAUGUGAACAUGAGUAUUGUGCUGCAUGCAGUAGAAAAUUUUCAAUUUAAUUUCAAAAGCAGCCUAAAAUUUCCCACACUUCCCUUGACAUAACACGCAGUCAAAGGGGCCGACUGUGUAAUUAUAGUGACGGACAAUGCCAUUGGCUUAUUUCAUGAUCGUGAAGACAUCCCCUGUAGUAUAUAUGUUUGCUUUGAGGUCAAUAAAUUAAGUCACAGCUUUGCCGCAAAGGCAAAGUAAUGAACGCCAUAGCAACAAAUUGAAAGGUCACGUGCAAAAUAGCAAGCAGAUCUAAACGUGCCCCGCAUUUCUCGCGCACAAAUGAUGCACGAAACAUACUCACAGGUACAGAUGAACACUAAUAAGUGCCUCAGUUGUUACUUCGCCGUGUCUGAAAAGCAUGCCCUUUUUGCAAACGGAGGCUGUGCAAUGAUUGCAGUGACCUUUGUGCGCCCAGUAACUACAGCAGAACUGUUCCGGCGAAAGCCCAAGGCCAGUCAAGACGUACGAUUGUCCCCACCGCGAGAUAAGCGCACGCAUGAGCGUCCAGCUUGUGCGCGCUGCCGCAUCAUGACAACGUGGCGACGUGCGCUCAUUGUGCCGUCUUGCUGAUAAUGCUGGAAACACGAUAGUUCCCCCCGAGAUGCCCGUAACCAGUGGUAAGUGGCAGACAAGUAGCUUGCUGUUUGGACUUUCAAGAAAGUGCUCCUUCAUUGCUCAGUGGCUAAUGCCUCGCACUCACAAUUCAGAAUUCCCACGUUCGAUUUCGCGCUCCAGAGUCUUUUCCUGGAUUUGUUUUUUCGUUUUCAUAUAUAUAGAUAAGUAUACAUAGACGAUAAGUGAUUCCGACAGCAAAAUUCAGCUGAGAGUGUCCAUAUAAUUGCUAUCACAAUAAACUAUACAUGUUUCUCUCUUCAGAAAAAAAUCGCAGCAUAUUCACGAAGUGAAUGAUGAUGAGUGGGGUGAAGCGCUGGAGGAUUGCGUAGCUGAGCCGUGAACCAUCUGUGAUUAUCGCCCACUACAUCAGCAAGGAUGUGACACACUGUAUAUAUUUAUACAAGAAAUUUUAUUAUUUGUAAGUAAUAGCUAUGCGUCGCUUUCGUUCAGCCUUCAUUAUAAUGGCUUUAUGGUCGUUGAAGUGAUGGAUCGGUAAUGGAGCGUAGUGGGAUGUUUGGAAUGACGAUGUAGUCGCAGUUUGCAAAGGUGGAACUACAGGAGGUCACGUACAAACUAGGGAUGGACACAGUGGGACAACUUAUGGUUCUUUAAUGUGCACCUGGGUAUAAGGUCUUGCAUUUCAUAUUGGCUACUUCUCAACAGUAUUUGCUUUAUUGUUGGUGAAGUCGUAGAUCGGUGAUUGGGCAUAGUGGAAUGUUGCAAGGACGAAGUAGUGGGCAGUUGGCAAAGGUGGAACUAUAGGUGACCAUGUACAUACAUAAAAGGGAUGUACAGACCCAUGCCUUUAGGAGCUUUGCCCUUAAAACUGGAAAGGUACUUAUCUUGGAACUUUGGGCCUCUAUCAGCCUUCAUUAGUUUCUCCUAAUUUUAUGAGAGGCAUUAUGUUGCAUAUUCCACGACUACUAUUUCAAACAUUACUUGCCUUAGCGGGUCACUUGUCUUAUCCUGGGUUCACCAUUACAGCACUUGGCAAUGCCUUUGUUGCUUCGAAAACUGCUAAGCCGUUCACAUUGCACGCUUUCUUUUUUUAUGUUUCAUACUAUUAAGACACCUUGCCAGGCAUCGCAUUGUGCUUAGCUAAGUGAAUUGGCUUGGAAAUGCAUUAUCUGAAUUUGUCUAUAAUGCAGGACAAAGCCAGUGCUCACCAGGUACUCGCAGAGCAUGCCACCAUGUUCAUCACCAUCCUACAGAAAGUGUGCAGACACAUUAAAGGUGGUGGGAGGGGAGGGGGGGUUGAAUGGUCAAGGAGGUCCACCAUGGUGGUACAGUGGUUGCAGUGCUUCGCUGCUGACUUGAAGGUCACUGGUUUGAUCCCAGCCGCAGCAGUAACACUUCAAUAGAACCGCAGGGCGUGGGUUCGAAUCCCGGCUGCGGCGGCUGCAUUUCCGAUGGAGGCAGAAAUGUUGUAGGCCCGUGUGCUCAGAUUUGGGUGCACGUUAAAGAACCCCAGGUGGUCUAAAUUUCCGGAGCCCUCCACUACGGCGUCUAUCAUAAUCGUAUAGUGGUUUUGGGACGUUAAACCCCACAUAUCAAUCAACAUUUCAAUAGAAGCGAAAUGGUAGAAACUCGUGUAUGGUGUCAUGUCAGUGUACAUUAAAGAAAACUAGAGGUUCGAAAUUUCUGGAGCCCUUAACUAUGGCAUUCCUCAUGAUCAUAUCACAGUUUUGGAACGUAAAAGCUCAGAUAUUACUGGAAACAGUCAAGGUCAUGUUGCUCACUGAUGUAGUACUUUGCCCCCUUUGUCAUGCUUCCCUGUGUAGGUUCAAGCAUUCGUUGGAAUGAAAGAAGACAAAAAGCACUUGGAGCAUGCAAAAGAUCUUUAUAACUUCAUUUACACUUGAUAGAUCUGAAAACUUCUUUGCAUCAAACAGUUCACGAGGUAGUAAACUAUGUUUUUGUGAUCAUUCCGUGAUUACUCUGACAAGUGUUGCAGGGCCCUCUUAAUUUUUUUUUAGUAUUUUUUGAAUGAGUGGCUUAUGAAACUGAACGAAUGCACUGGACACGGGAUUUGGCUCAUCAGUGAGCUCUUUUGCAUUUUUAACUCGUAUUGGUAUUUAUAUUUGUUUCAACUAUCACAAAUUAAGUGUGUACUGCAGUCAUAUUCAUAAGGUAGAUCUAUAGCAACUCAGUUUUCAUGGUGUAGUUAGAAUGUGUUGCUAUGAUGUCGUCUCUGCUUGGGCAGAAGAUAUUCCACCACUAUGUUUUUUGUGUUGUCAUGCAUUUUAGUUGUAUGCUAAUAUUCAUGUGUGCUGUGCACAGACUCUUUCAUGGUUUAGCUAUACUAACAAAGUCAAUUAAUAAAGAUUGUAUAUAAGUAGUGCUGCAACUAAUAUAGUGCAUCCUUUUUUUCAUCCCUCUUUCUUGUGUUUAAAAGGUCUUCUAAAUUAGUUGAACCAACAAUAAUUAUUUAAACACCGCAGGAAGAUUAGAAAAUUAAAAGCAGUACCUGGUGACUAGUUUCCGUAUGUGUGAAACAGUGGAGGCUUUCACUUUUUUCUUUUAUGUAACUCUGCAGUCAUGUUUCUUGUGGACCAGUGCUUAUUUGUUAGAACUCAGUUAUUUUUUUUUUCUAUGUCUGGAGUUUUCACUGGCCAUUGCAAUAUGCUUCCACCCUUGUUAGUUAUUGUAGAUGUGAUAACCUUAAAGAAGUGUUUUGCUGGGUGUAGUGCCUAUAUUUUAUGCCUGGCAUAAUGUCGUAGAUAUAGAAAGCAAAUGCAGUGAAUAAUAUUGUUUGAGGCGCGAGGACAGUAAAGCAACUGAGCUUGUAAUGGAAGGAUUGAAGGGUUUUUAACUAAGUGCUAGAUUGGGGAACUAGCUCUAGUUCAGUGAUUGUGACUUGGCUGUUUGUGUUGACAUUAUUUUGCUUUACAGACAUCAAUUUCAUGAGUGGAGAAAUUUAGUAUCUACAGUUUCUAUAAAAUUCAUACAUUCACCAUAGGAGCUUCACUGAUAAAAAUUUGUGCCCUACUUUGUAGCACAGCAGUACAACUCGUUUUGUAGCAUGAGAGUAACAGCAGCCUAAUACCCCUGUCACACGGCAAAUGUAAUGUCAUUAACAACGAAUCACAUUGCCCUGCCGCGGUGGUUUAGUGGCUUAGGUACUUGGCUGCUGACCCGUAGGCCAUGGAAUCAAAUCCCGGCUUCAGCGGCUGCAUUUUCAAUGUAAGCAAAGAUGCUGUAGGCCCAUUUGCUCAGAUUUGGGUGCACAUUAAAGAACCCCAGGUGGUCGACAUUUCCGGAGCCCUUCACUACGGCAUCUCUCAUAAUCAUAUGGUGAUUUUGAGAUGUUAAACCCCACAUAUCAACCAAUCAACUAAUGACAUCAAGCAGACCUAAUUUCUUUUUACCUGCAUGCUGUCACACGACGAAAACAGAUGUCAUUUUGUAAUGAUGACCAAGACGUUAGCCCUCCUGAGCCGUGAAUUUUAGGAGAAAUAAAAAUAUACUACAUCUUGCAUGUAACAUGCGCGUAUCCACAAUAAAAAUUUUUAUGGGUAAAAAGAUGCUCCUAGAGUAUAAACGCAGCCAUUUUACACUGCUUGCCACAGCUGCACGACACACUCGAAAACCAACAUGGCAAAGCGGUAUGACCGUGCAUAAGUACAGGUAUAGUACAGUGAAAUGAAGCAGGGCGCAUGACUGAAUUCCCGGCUGCAAAAAUGAGAUGGCGGCAGCGAUUUCGUGUAGUCACCCCCUUGGUCACCACAACACGUGCAAUUUGACAAUCAACAUCCGCAAUACAAGCAACAACGACAACAGAGCGAAAAUGAAAUGUGGCCAGUGUCCAGUCUAUGUAGUUAAGAGUAGCUUUUUUUUUUUAGAAACGCUUGCGCAUGCUAUGUGUUAUAAAACCAGUAAUAAGUUGAUCUAGUAAAGAACAAGAUAUUUACAAAUGUUAAAAGUUGAGUUUACAUAAGUUAACAGUCAUCUCCAUAAACGUCCCUGACAUCGAGACUACUCAUUCGGUUUGAAAUCAAAUGCGAAUGUGUUUCAGGAACUCAUUCGACAGAAAAUGUCACUCUUGUCAAAUGUCAUUAGUUUCCCUGUGUGGCAGCAAACGGAUGACAUUACAAGCGAAUGUCAUCAUAUUUGCCGUGUGACAGGGGUAUUAGACAAGUCGGUGAGCUAGAGAAAGUGUGCACGACAGUGAAUUGGACAUUGAUGUGUCAUGUGGACUGGCUCACUUUCAUUUUUUAUCUCUGGAAUCGAAACUUGUACCACAGUGCUUGCGUUAACCCAAAUUCGAGCAUGUAGUUUUUGUGGCAACCUUUGUCAAGAGUAUACUGGCCUCUGUCUUCAUAGCUAUUGCUGAGCCAUGUGGCGAUGCUGCCUCUACAGUCCUGGAGUUGCACAACUCUGAAGAGCAAGAGAGUUCUCUAUCUUCUGUGUAUACAUGCUGGGUAUGUGUUGGGUUUGCUUUGGGUGCCCAUGGCUCACAUACUAGCAUUCUGCUCUAAUCCAUGUGCAGUCCAGCCUAAAUACUUUUGACAAUGAGUGAACAGCAUUGUAUAUUUAUGUGUAUGUUUGUAAAGAUUAAAGCUGCUGCGCGUGCUGGCAAGCCUCACUGUCCACUUGUCAAACCCUGUUGGCCUAAAAAUUACUUCUGGUUAUACUUUGUAUGCCUGAAGCUAUUGCUUUUUUAUGAGCUGCGUCACAAGCAUGCCAAGGAUUGAGAAUUAUGGAAGUAAUGGAGCUUGUAAGCUUAUACUCUACUUUUAGUAUAAGGGAAAUAGGUGGGCCAAUGGUUAAUUAUUUAUCCUGUUAUAACCAUUUCUAGAUACGAUAGACAUAUGAUUUGGUACUCAUGGUCAUUUAUUGUGGUCAGCUGACUACAUAAUAAAUUGCUUGUGCAUUGGUGUUGUCAAGUAUGUUAAAAUUUUCCACUUUUAUUUCAGUGUUGCCAUGUUGUGCAGUUUUAUGAAAAUGUGAAGAGAACAUUUCUGGCAUACUGAAAUGUCUUUUUAUUAUUAUUAUC